AUGGCCGAGGCGCAGCUCAACAACUUCCCCUCGCUCUUUUCUCUCCGGGGCAAGGUUGCCGUCGUCACGGGCGGCUCCCGCGGUCUUGGCCUACACGCCGCCUCUGCCUUCCUCCAAGCCGGCGCCUCGACCGUCUUCAUCUCGUCGCGCAAGGCCGCCGCCUGCGACGCCGCCUGCAAGGCCCUCAACGCCCUGCCCAACCUGGCCCCCGGCGCGCGCGCCAUCCCCGUGCCCGCCGACUCGGCGACCCCCCAGGGCGUGCGGCACUUGCUCGCCGAGGUCAAGAAGCACACGGACAAGGUCGACAUCUUGCUCGCCAACGCGGGCGCUACCUGGGGAGCCGAGUUCGACAAGCACCCUGACGAGGCCUUUGCCAAAGUCAUGAACCUCAACGUCCGCGCCGUCUUCAACACGGUCCGCGACUUUGCCCCCUUGCUCGAGGAGGCGGCGCGGCAGGGCGGCGCCGACGGCGAGCCCAGCCGCGUCAUCAUCACGGCCAGCGUCGCCGGUCUCGGCAUCGGCACCAUCGGGCCGCAGGGCACGUACGGCUACUCGGCCAGCAAGGCCGCCGUCAUCCAUCUCGGCCGUAACCUGGCCGUCGAGCUGGGCCCGCGGCGCAUCACCGUCAACUCCAUCUGCCCGGGCUUCUUCCCCAGCAAAAUGUCAAACGGACUGCUCGACAUGGCCGGCGGCGCAGACGUGAUUGCGGAGGGUAACCCCAUGGGCCGCCUGGGCCGCCCCGAGGACAUUGCCGGCGCCGUUGUCUACCUGGCCAGCAGGGCAGGCUCCCACGUCAACGGCGAGGCCAUCGCCAUUGAUGGCGGGGCCGUGUGGGCUCGUGGCGAGUUGAUGCGCGGCGGCGACUCGAAGCUCUAA